AUGCAUAUAUCCUUUGAAGGAGAAAAGUGCAAAGAUCUGACUGAACGAGUAAUUUCAAAUCUGAAUAAAGAAGGUGUGAAAGAACACAACAGCAUCGCCUUAGCUCAAAAUGACACGGAGGACGACGGUGGCGAUAUAACAACUGUCGAAUGUGAAACAACCGCUCAGGUAGUCUGUAACGAACUCCCUACUGAGGUAAGCGAGAUUAAAUUAAAACUAAACCAACAUAUUGUCGAAACGAAAGCAGAGCUUCAACAAAGCUUCAACAAAUAAAGGAGAACUUUGCCGAACAGCUUGAUCAGCUAAAAGAACUGAGUUUGAAUGGUGGCACUAAAGUAACUGAAUAUUGUCUAACAAGCCCAGAACAUGAAAACGCUACCCUUAGACAUGAAAACACGCAACUCAGGCGCGAAAACGACUCCUUGAAAGAAAGGUUUAACGAUCGUUCUUAUAUGGUAUCGGAUCUAAAUACGAAAAUCGAAAACAUUGAAGAUGAGAAAUUGAGCCUAGUCACUGCCCUUAAGCUGUUACAAGAAGACAGCAAAUCUAUAUCAUUAAAUAACAGAGAUGCAACACACAAUACAUGGCAUGCUCCAGGGCAUAGAGCGAGAACUAAUGUACAUAAUAUUUCUGCUAAUUAUGCAUGCCAAAAUAAAACUGCUCGGUCUGCUGAUAUGAAUGCUCAAGAACCGGACAUAAUAACGCCAAAUAGAUUCGGUCUCCUGUCCACAGAACAUGACUCAGAUAAAGAAUCAGAAGCUAAUGACGAAAUUGACCCGAGUGGGUCUAGCACUUCGAUUAUUUUCAAAGCAGGUCAAGUAAUUUAACCAUGUUUAAAUUACUUGACCUGCUUUGAAUAAUAGUACGAAUAAAUACGAUAGAAAACAAAGUAGAAAAGAAAGUCAAUCAACCCAAACUUCUAUUGAAAUUUCCAAGGGCAAGGCCAAAACCAACAAUAGAAAGCAUACAACAAAUGCAAAUUCAAAUAAUUUAUUUCAAACAGGCUCAAAGAAUAAUAAGUCUGGUAAACUUGUUUUCAUCGAUGGGGACUCAAUUCUACAACAUGUUCACGGCUGGGACUUGUCUAACGAUAAACAACGUGUAUCUGUAAAGUCCUUUUCAGGGAGUAAAGCUGAAGAUAUGCAAGAUUACAUAAAACCAUUACUACGCCAAAAGCCCGACGAGAUAAUAUUGCAUGUAGGCACUAACAAUAUUAAAGGUAACUCCAAGACGGCAGAAGUGGUUGCUGCGGAUAUCUUAAACCUUGGAACCCAAAUAAAGUAUAGUCUACCGUGCACUAACGUAUGUAUAUCGGGCAUUAUUACCAGGAAAGAUAAAGCUAAUAUCCAGAAUAAAAUUAAAGCUGUAAAUGACAUUCUUAAACGGGUCUCCGACCAAAACAAAUGGACCUAUAUAGACAACACUAAUUUUAUUAGAUUAUACUUGCCUAAAUAGAGGUGGCCUACAUUUAAAUAGAAAGGGUAGUAGCACUCUUACUAGAAAUUUAUAGUAAUCACUUUAGUCGUAAUUGAAAUAAGGCAUGACCAGGUGCUGUAAGGUAUGCUCAAUUUAAUCCAUAUUUCCUUGAUUUUAAGGGUUUCAAAAUGGGUAUGCUUAACAUAACCAGUUUACCUAAGCAUAUUGACGAAAUUAGGAUAAUAUUAGCCGAUGAAUGUCUCGAUAUUCUUGCAUUAAAUGAGACAAGAUUGGAUGAUACUAUCAAUAACCAGGAUAUGUGCAUAAGUAAUUAUGAUCUUAUUAGGGUCCAUUGUUCUAGAACAGGGGGAGGCGUCUGUUUAUAUGUGAAAAUUUCCCUUAACUAUGUAGAACGAAAAGAUCUGACUACAGAUAAUCUUGAAGCUAUAUGUGUUGAGAUUCGCAAACCUUCCACUGCACCAUUUAUUGUCGGUACUAUUUACAGACCUCCAAGUGCUUCUGUUGAAUCUUUUACCACAUUUGAGCAAUUAGUAAAAACAAUAGAUGAUGAAAAUAAGGAAUUUUACAUACUUGGUGACUUAAAUGCUAACAUGCUUGACAGCUCAAACAAUGCCACAAAGAAUUUAAAUUCAAUCAUGGAAUUAUAUCAAUUAUCGCAAACGAUAAACACACCCACCCGUGUGACCACGACCUCAUUCUCCCUAAUAGACGUUUGUCUUACUCCCACAUUAGUGAUCAUUACAUGAUCUUCGUUGUUCGUAAAAUAAAUAUCCAGCGCAAACAAAACAGUCACAAGAAAGUUGAAGUUCGUAAUUUAAAAUAUUUUAAUGCGGAGAGUUUCCAAGCUGACCUGCGUGGUCAGGAAUGGGAAUUAUUAGAUAACAAUCUCUGCGUUGAUAAGAUGUGGGACACAUGGAAAGCACUUUUCGUAAAAGUUCUUGAUAGGCAUGCCCCAAUCAGGGAAAAGAGAGUUAAAAGUAAACCAAAUGUUCCUUGGCUCACUAGUACAAUUGAAAAACAAAUCCGCGAACGCGAUCGCCUUAAAUCUCUUGCUAUUAGACAUAAUUCGGGAAAUCGCUAG